AUGAUUGUAAAAAGCAAUAGUUUUAAGUACCUAGGAUCGGUAUUACAGAGUAAUGGAGAAAUAGAUGGAGAUGCAUGCAGUAGAAUUAGGGCUGGAUGGAUGAAGUGGAAAGAAGCGAGUGGUGUGUUGUGUGACAGAAAAAUUCCAAUGAAGCUGAAGGGAAAAUUCUAUAAAACAGCCAUAAGACCAGCUAUGAUGUACGGAACUGAAUGUUGGGCAGUGAAAAAGAAAGAGGAACAGCGAAUGCAUGUGGCGGAAAUGAGAAUGCUUAGAUGGAUGAGUGGAGUGACAAAGAAGGAUAAAAUUAGAAAUGAGUAUAUUAGGGGAAGUCUAGGUGUGGCACCAAUUGAUGCCAAAAUGAGAGAGCAUAGGUUAAGAUGGUUUGGUCAUGUUCAACGUCGAGACGUUAACCACCCAAUACGAAGAAUAGCUGAAGUGCAGAUAAUUAUGCAGUAUUGA